GGCAAGUAUAGCAUAGCAUAGCAUAUUCUGUGUGUCCGUUUGGAGAGAGAAAGAGUGGACUUUUGUUCCUCUCUCUCUCCUUAUGCUUUUUUUAUUUUUAUUUUUUGUGUUAUUAUUCUUUGUUUGAGUCAAAUAAUUAAAGUACUUUUUUUCUUUCGUUUUGCCUUUCACUCCAAACACAACACAAACAAAACACCCUUCACUUCACUUCACCUCACUUGUUUUCUCAACUCUUUUUCUCUUCAAUUCCGACCUCAAUUUCUUCGUGGUUUGAACAACCACAAGCCCACAGUAUUUGUCGAAGCAGUCAAUGAAAGUAGACCUUUUUCCUUUUGAUAUAUAACAUAGCGGUUAACAUGGAUUCUUCACAAGAAAGUGCUGAUCACGAUGUUUCUUCUGAUAAAGUACAGCAGGAAGCGAAUCCUCAGAGCGAUACCUCAAUGUCACAAGAGAUUGAUGAUGAUACUAAAACCAAUUUGUCCGAACCUGAGGAAGCAAAAAGUAUUCCCUCUAUUGAAGCUCAAAAUGAAAUGGGUGAUUCUAAUGCAACUGUUCGUGCCUUGGUAUUGCCAAACUCUAUACCACUUGAGGAACAUUCGCAGAGCUCCAAUACUCUUUCGCAGGAAUUGCCUCCGUUGCGAUCUGGUCAGGACAGUCUCUCUAUACGGGAAAAGGUAUCACAAGACGGCUAUAACUGGCGAAAGUACGGCCAGAAAAAUGUUAAGCGGAUUGAAUUGAUAAGGAGCUAUUACAGAUGUACGCAUUUAGACUGCCAGGCGAAAAAGAAAUUGCACCUGUUAAAUGAUGGGAGCUUUGCAGGUUACACUUUCGUCGGUGAGCAUAAUCAUGCUGGACCUCAAUCAAACACCGUAUCAUCGCCAGUUGAUCGUGUUCUUCCUGUUGUUGAACAAGGAUCACAUAGUAGAUCCUCAUUGGCCGGUGUGGAAGGUCAAGACAAAUCAUCUGGUGAGGAUGAACGUAGGCCUCAACAGAUCAAGCCUUUACAUUCUGUUCCAGCUUCAAAAGUUUCCGGAACUGAUGAGUUAAAAGCUGCACAGUCACAAUUGGCAGCGAAGGGCGAGGUUCAUAAAUAUGAGAAUCGCGAGGCAAAGCGGCUGAAGAAAGACAAUAGUAAUACUGAUACCAAUGGAAUCGGCGUGUCAACUGGUGAAUCUGGCGUUGUUGUUGUUGAGACUGAAAGUGAAGUUGAUUUUGUAAAUGAUGGGCAUCGCUGGCGCAAAUACGGGCAGAAAAUGGUUAAAGGGAAUACAAAUCCAAGACAUUAUUAUCGAUGCUCGUAUCUUGGAUGCCCCGCCAAAAGGCGUGUUGAAAGGUCCCCUCGUGAGCCAAAAAAUGUCAUAUCUACCUAUGAGGGACAGCAUGAUCAUGAAAACCCAGCUGAAAGGGGUGUCACUCAUAAUACAGCUAAAAAUACUCAGACAAAGGGUAUUAAUGGUAAGAUGAAAACCCAAUCUGGAGGUAAUACGGUUUAUGCCGAAACAGGAGAGUGCAGCUACUCGCACUCAAAAAGCUGGUUAAAUAAAGAGUCAAAUAGUAAACCAAACUAUGAUAGUAUUUUUCGUGCGGUCGUCCUUCCUGACAUUGGUCUUAAAUGUGAAUUAAAUGAGGAAGAGCAACAAAAUGAAGACCCUAGUACCAAAGAAGAUUCUGUCAGCAAUGCCAUGAUGCUCGAUCCAAGUUCCGAAGUUCCAAGCAGAUCAAAUGAACAUGUGGAAGAUGAGGUAAGAACUACAUCAGAAGGGAUUAACGAUUGCGCUAAUGUGGUUACUGGUCAUGAUACUUCUAGUACAACAAGUGAAUUCGAUAAGGAAUCAACAUCUGAUACAGAACCUUUCCAAAGCUAAGUUACAAUAUUUUUGAAAGAUGGAGCUAUUUACUGAAGAGGAGUUUAUAGUGGGAAGUGACAUAGGUUAUUUACAUAUAUAUUAUGGUAUCAAGAUUGAUGUUCCUACUUGUCUGUGAGUAGGUUGAUUGAAUUUGCAAAUCACAGUUAAUACUACAUUGGAUGUACAUUUUAGUACACAUGUAUCUAAAGUUCCAAUAUAUUGUGAUUAUUUUAUGCCUAGUGAUGCUUUUUAAGUUGUCUUUCUCAAUUUGAAUUUAGAAAAUGUUUAGCAGAGUUGUAGUGUUUUGAAUAGAACAAUAGUUAUGCCAUUAGUUCCGAGUAUGUAACUGCUGGGGCAGUAGUUUUGGUUCAUUUAAUGAGACAUAUUUCUUUGCA